UUGCCAGUGCUCGUGUCUUGACAGUCCGCCGAGGUACAUGUCGCAGCCAGAGUGACGAGGAAUAUCUGCUCAUCUUUGGAUAUCGAAACCGUGGAUAUUUUUUGGAAAUCAUGCAAAAAUCUUGAAAUGAGAGUGUGAGAUGGUAUCACUUCCGAAAGUGAGGAUAAUCAUCACUGCCCCAUUGAUGAAUACGACCAGAACGGGUCUCAGGAAUAUCUGCGGCUGCAUUCAUAAACACUUCUUUAGGACUCACAGCAACCCCUGAGCUUUGUUUUGGGGUCACAAAACAACGCAUAUUCUUGGUGUGCACGUGGGUUGACAAUGGCUGAAAAGGGUAAAAUGAGUAUAGAGCAUCUCGGCGGAGUUGUCAGGCUCCGAGAGGAACACGAGAAGGUGGUGAAAGACUGUGAAAGUCGGAUUCAGCACUGGAAGAAGGUGUCAGGUGACUAUGAAGCCUUGAAUGACCGCCUUCAAACUCUUCCAGAUCAGCUGUCUUAUGACAUUAUGGUGCCCUUUGGCCCCUUGGCCUUCAUGCCUGGGAAGCUGGUGCACACAAACGAGGUCACAGCGUUGCUCGGUGACAACUGGUUCGCCAAGGUCUCCACAAAGCAGGCUCAGAAAAUUGUCGAUCACAGGAUGAAAUAUGUGAAGAGUGAACUCAAUGAUCUUUCAAAGACUGUGAAAAACUUUGAAGCCAGAGUUGGGCUUGUGAAGGAUUUGGAAACCAUCUCAUCCGGGAGUAAAGGGGACUAUGUGGACAUCAGAGAAGACACCGGAAACAUUGACGUUGUCGUCACCAAAGGAAAGCAAAGAAUGGCUCACAAACCAAAUUCUAAGCCCAAAUUGGAUGCCAUGUUGGAUCUAAAAGAGGAGGAUGAGGAGAAUGAAGGAGAGGACGGAGAUGGAGGGAGCAGAAAAGGCAUCACGACUGAAGAGGAGUUGUGGGCUAGAUUGGAUGAACUCGAGAAACUGGAGGAGCAAAAAGAUGAGCAGGACAGAUUAUCUUACAAUGCGGACAUGAAUGGUGAGGACACAUCGUCCUUUUCCUCAGAAGAGGAGAAGGAGGGAGAAGCUGCACCUGCGGAAAAUGGACUCGGUCUGAAGCCUAGCUGGACCUCCGCGCCUCACAGUAAAGCGCCACCGAGCUCAGACAGGAAAGCUGAUGAAGAAGACGACGAGGAAGAGGAAGGCAGCUGUUUGCCGACCAUCUUUUUCUCACACACAAUGGAACCCAAGAAGGUAAGGAUAAACACAGGAAAGAACACUAUGUUGAAGUUCAGUGAAAGGAAAGAGCAGAAGGAACACUCAAAGAGGAAAAAGAAGAACGGACACUCCCAUCACGAACUUCACAAAAUCACAACACCAGUGGACAUUUACAGGCUGUUUGUUGACGUGAAGAACGGGGAACCCGUCCCCAGAAAGUCAAUCCUGAAGUCUCGCAGCCGAGAGAACAGCGUUUGCAGCGACACGAGCGAGAGCAGCGCGGCAGACUUCGAAGAGCGCCGGAUGAAUGGACGCAGCUUCAGCCACGAUGAGACCACGCACAGCGACACCAGCGACGGCAUCACGGAGGAGGACAGUCCCACGGCGGUCCCGCUGCACCCCGCCAGCCGGUUCGAGGCCUUUUCAGGCACAGUCGUAGAAAAGGACCCGAUGCCUUCUGCGGUCCCCCAUCUGACCAUCGCUCCACCAGCUCUGCCGACCAUACUGGAGAGGAAACAGGAGGAGGUGGCGCCUGACGUCGCCCCGCCCCAGCAAGCUCCGAAAAGGGUGUCGAAGUUUAAAGCUGCCAGGUUGCAGCAGAUGUGACUGUUAACGAGCAAAGAUCUAUAUUUCACAUUUACUUUUUUUUUUUUUAAAGCCUUUGUUUCUUUCCUACCACUGAUGAAUAACACAAACCAUCCUCUCGUCUCCUUUCCUUUCUUUCUCACUUCUAUCCAUACAGGGUUUCAUUCACGUCACUGACUCUAUUACAUUAGCCUUGUAGCCAGUGGUAACCUUAUGUGUAACACUGCUUUUUAACAUGCUCUGAAUACUAGUUUAUGCAGUCUCUUUUGCUUAUCCACUCCUACAGUAUAAAUGGCACUUAAGGAUUUGUUUUAGGGGCUUAAAAAGAUUGCUGUCUGUUAUAUGUUUUGACCUGUCUUCUGCUUUUCUGUUGAUCAAAGCUGUUGCCAGUUUAAGUAAGACUGGGCUACACUUAGGACCAGUUGCCUCGUUUUAUUCCUUAUUGAUCAUUUAACAGAAUCAGGUGUCCGCUAGCUCUCAUUUUACCUUCUCUAGACCUGCCUAAUGAAUGAAUGAAUGUAUGUAUUCCUUUGUGACAAGCUUUAUGUAAAGACAAAAAAGAGAAUAUUGAUGUAAACUAAAAGAAAAAUAAACGAUUUUGGCUACAAAAUCUUAUUCACUAUUUCUGCCUUGAAAGAAAAUAUCUAGUUCUGUGUCUCGCUUUCAUUUGUGCUCUGCUGACGGGCCAUUAUUCGUUUUAUGAAUAUGAGUUUGUAAAGAAAGUCUAUUUCCAACACUGCAUAGUAAUAUGUGUGUGUGUGUAAUAGUAACACAUUUUUGCUCCUGAUACCUAGUGAAAAUUGUUUUGGUCUUUUAAACAGUUAUUGCAGACACUGACUGAGCUAAUAUGGUCUCUUAUGAAUUACUGUUACUUCUUGUGAAUUUCCUGUUGUGCAUUAAAAUUUGAAGAGCUAAGCAAAGUACCAUCGCCGCGCCAUGUUGCAGCCAAACUUUGUAAGCGAGCAAUAACAUUUCAUCAAGGCUGUAUAGCAAACUGAACAAGAAAUGCCUGUUCCAGUUAGCAAAAGUACAAUCAAAGCGCAGCCUUAAUGAGAGAGAGAGGGGGUUGUUGUUAGAGCCAACCACUCUAACAACAAAUCAAGUUUAGCAUGGGGCCAAAAACGAAAUGUAACUGCUGAGGGCCAGAAGAAAGUCUGCAGCUCAGGGUUUCAGUCAGUGAAAUAUAGGAUUUAAUACUGAAGCAUGAUGGGAAGUAUUCAGAGAACAAAAUAUGAAUAUUCCAUCAAGUAAACGCCCUGUAUUCAAACUUCCUAUAUAUAUAUCAUAUAUAUAUAUAUAUAUAUAUACACACAUAUUUCAUGUAAAAUAGUAAUCUGAAAAGUAAAUAAAGCUGUCAAAUAAAUGAAGUUGUACAGUACUUGU